AUGAUACCCCAAGGAGCCGCCAUGGCUGUCGAGGACGGUGCUGUUCUCGGUAGACUACUGGGACUAUUCCAAUCCACAUCAGCUGUUGGUAUGACUGUCACCGAUGUACUCAAAUUAUAUGAAAGCCUGAGGAAGUCUCGUACCACGACUAGCGUUCAAGGCGCCAUGAGUAACAGGAAGAUGUACCAUAUGUUGGAUGGUUCUGAGCAAGUCGAACGUGACGCUGAACUCCAGAAGGCCGAUUAUAGCAAGCCGAGCAUUUUCAGGUGGCUUGAUCCCGAGUACAAUAAGGAUAUGCUAGGCUUCGACGUGGUUAUGGAUAGUGAAAAGGCAUUUGAAGCUCUUGAGUUGUUAGUCUCAGAGCAGGAAAUUACUCCCUCCAUCCCCAAUUCGAAUCUCUAG